UGCAACCAAACCCGCCCCAAAUGUUCCUCCCCCGUUACCCCCCACAAACCCUUACCCUUCCUCACCUCGCGUAUACUCCUCUCGGCUGAAAGCGCGCCGCCGACGACGCCUGCCAGCACGCCGACGCGGACCCGGCGGCCCCUUCCUCCACCCUACGCGGACCCUGUUCGCCACGAGGGCCAUCCCGGCGGCUCUGGUUUCCAUCCUGCGCCCUCUCAGUUCCUACCGCCGCCGAAGCAGAUCCUCCCGCAGGCCCCCUUCUCCGUCGCAACCGACAUUCUCUCCGGGACCUGGCCCUUGGAGUAUAGUAGGAUUGGACGAGCCUUCACUGUUGUGGGAUCCCGUUAGAGUUUAUCGUCCCCGAGUGAACCACCAUCCUCGUCUCUGCCUCCUCCAACCCCAGCUCCGUCACCUUCCUAGCCUGCAGUAUCAACCAUGAAACAGCGGCGGGGGUCCCUUGAUAUCCGCCAGAUGUUCUUCAGCUAUUUCAAAUCAAUUGCAAAAUUCAAGGGGUGGCAGUCUAGUCCAUUGAUCCCCGUGGAAGACGCCACGUUACCACUAAUUCACAGAGCUUUGGAUCAGUUUAGGCAUGCGUUCUUUGCGGACCCCCCACCAGACGAAGGCAGUGUAUACUCCCUGAAGUGUAUUCGCACCAAUGGUAAUCUGGAGGACUAUACAGACACUUCACACCGUAGGUUCACUGAGAUUCUUGGUACAUGGUACUCAGGGGACGACAAGGAGAAAAAAAUUUACUGAUCUGCUCUCAUAUCUCGAAAUAAUGUGGAAAUUAGAUUGUAAGAGAAUGUAUGUCACAUAUUUUGGUGGUGAUGAAUAUUCAGGUCCUGACACGGAUUUCAUGGAUGUUGUGUUGUCCUUUGUGCCGGAAAGUAAUGUUUCGGCAACCACUUCUAAGGGAAGUUUUUGGAAUGUUGAUGACACUGGUCCAUGUGGGCCAUGUUCAGGAAUUUAUUAUGAUCUCAUUGGAAACAGGAAUCCUGAUACUCCUGUAGUUCUGAAUGACCCUACGCGUCCUCUGCUUUUGAAUCUUGUAUUUAUUCAGGGAAGUUUUUGGAAUGUUGAUGACACUGGUCCAUGUGGGCCAUGUUCAGGAAUUUAUUAUGAUCUCAUUGGAAACAGGAAUCCUGAUACUCCUGUAGUUCUGAAUGACCCUACGCGUCCUCUGCUUUUGAAUCUUGUAUUUAUUCAGUUUUGCAGGGAAGCAGAUGGUGUUUUGAGACGGUUGCCAGUUGAACAUGUAGUAACAGGGGUGGACUCUGAAGGCAUGACCUCUGCCUGCCAGGGCCAAAUCAGCCCUUAUUGUACCGAUGUGUAUACACCAAUACUUGAUAUCAUCCAUGAUUGUGCAGGUGGAAUCCUUCCAUACAAAGCUUAUGUUGGAUCUGAUGAUACCGAUGGAGUUGGUAUGGCUUAUCGAGUAACCGCUGAUCACUUACGAAUGAUAUAUGCUGCUACUGCUAAAGAUACACAGAUCGGAGAAAGGGGAAGAGAGUUUUUGCUCAAGAUUAUUGAUGGACAAGCAGUUCGACUUGGUGUUGAGAAGCUGAAGAUGUGCCAAGAAAAUUAUGCUAAACUUGUAGAGAGAUCUAUUAAAAAGACGGCUGUGUUGUUUUCUGAACCUGUGACCAGUGAAGAGAGUUUAAAACAAAUAGUCAAAGAUGAAGUUAGUAUCUACAGGAAUACUUUGGCCGAGCUGCAACCUCCUAAUAAAAGAACCAAAAAGAAGAAAACAAAGGAUCAGGCAGGAACAGAUCAGGACAAUGUAGAGCCCAGCCCUCCCACAACAUGGUACAAGACGCGGGCGGUCACAUUUUUUGAUCGCGACACACACAUUAUCCACGAGGAUAAGAAAAGAAUAUCCUCCCUUGUUGCCUUAACCAAUGCUCUUCUGCUCCAGGGGAAGAUAACUUUGGAUCUGAAUGUCACCGAGGUGUCGGAGGGUCAGCUGCUUCAUCUUAUCCAAAGCCGUCUUUUAUGUGGCAAUGUGAAGAUGGAGCUUCAAAAUGAAUUUGAACGUUCAGAUUUUCAAAAACAAGUUCUAAAUGUGUUGCCACAUCUCCCAGGCGUUCUAUACAUGAAUACGAAAUCUGAUAGCAUUGAUGGCUUUGUGAAAUCCCCGGAAUCCACAUUGUUUGAAUACAUUGGAGUUUCUUUGUACCAUGGGUGUUUGGUGGAUCUACAAGAUGAAACCUUAGCCUUAAGCGUUCAGCAAUCCUUAGAUUUUGCUAAGCAUAAGUCAGUUUCAGAACGAGAAACCAUGGAAUUAGGAGCUCAUGAGGAGCAGAGUGAUGACCUUGGAGAAGCUGAGGAAACCUUUGACUCGCCAGCUGCUGCUACUUGUGAAUUGACCAAAAUCGCAAGUUCUCUUCGGAGCUCUGAGCUAACAGUACAGGGAUUGAAAUGCCUACGAACAGACCUAACUGAGAAGGAACCAUGUGUCCUAUUUUGGAAUGGUGCCUUUAUUACUACAACCCUGGUGGAAGGAGAGUUGUAUCUUUUGGUUAAUGAUACAAGUUUUUUAACCAAACACACCAAUAUUUUUUGGCUCUUGUUAAAAGAGGUAAAUCAAGGUGGAUUGUAUAUGGACUACAAUUUCUCACCUGUUGUUGAUUCAAAAAAUCUGAACAUUUCAAUUUUGCCAAUCACGAAAAAAGAUAGAAUGAGGGACAAGAAAAAGCACAACAAGACGAAACGUAAGGUUAUGUGUGCAGAGCUAAAGCAGGAUGCUGAUGAAGAGGGUAUGGAGUCACAACAAACGCAGGGUAUAGAAGCUACAGCCGCAAGUACAGCAGUGGUUAUGUGUGCAGAGCUAAAACAGGAUGCUGAUGGAGAGUGUAUGGAGUCACAACAAACACAGGGUAUAGAAGCUACAGCUGCAAGUACAGCAGUGGACACCGGUGAAGCUUCGGAGGAAUUAAAGAAUAUCCGUCAACCUCAUAUUCCAUUGCCCAACACUUCUAAAUCUUUUUAUGUGACAAGGCAGAUCAAGUUCCAUGGCCGCCACAUUCGUAUUAUCUGUCAGGAGUCAAACGGCCCAUGCAGUUUGAUUGCAAUAUGCAAUGCACUCUUGCUUAAGGGUGAUAUAAGGCUUGAAUCAAAUGCUACCAUGGUCCAUGAGAAGGAACUGAUUAUGCUUCUUCUAGAAUUUCUUGAGAACCGCAAGGGGGUGCCAUGUUCAGAAUUGCCGAGACAAAUAUUUGAUAUUCUGCAAAAGCUUUCGGUCCCCCUAGAAGUGAACGUUGUCUUCAAUAGAACUGAUGGUUUCGUGGAAAUGCCACAGAUUUCGCUGUUUCGUGACCUUAAUAUUUCUCUAUAUCAUGGCUGGCUUCUAGAUCCAGAUGAUGCUGACUUUGCUGCGCUAUCACCAUAUUCGUCGUAUUAUGCACUUUAUGAGGCGUUCUUUGACCCUGAGUUUCAGAAUGUGGAUCUGGCCAAAAAGUUCCUAAAAGGUCCUCAACUCACUUCCUAUGGCUUGCGUUCCUUACGCAACGACCUGAAAGAGGAGGCCCCAUGUGUACUUUUCUGGCAGAAUCACUUCAGCGCUGUAAUUAAGAUAAAAGAGGAACUAUAUGCCUUAGUUACUGAUUCAGGUUAUUUAGAAAGUUCUGUGGUUUGGGAAAGGUUAUUAAGUGAGGCGGGCGGGGAACUUGUGGACUGCAACUUCAUUCCAAUUGUUCGAGCGCCACACAUACCACCUUCCUUUCAGGAUCUGCCUGGAACUAGCUCUUCUAUGUCGGUUCACUCGUCUGGUCAACUGAUUUCUGAGGUUUCUGAUGGAAGAAUUUCAUUUAUAAGACGGCGAACAGCAAAUCUGUUCACCGAUGACGACGACAACUAUUUGGAAUCACUUCAAAAAUUUGCAGAAUUGCCCAGAAAUCAGUUUUCAGAAGCAAAAACCUUGUGUGCUAAAGGUACCUCAUUGAUUGUUGCGGAUACAUCCAAAAUUGGCAGGAUCAUUGCAAGCGAUCUUCUUCAGCAAAUUGUGCAGGCCCAUCAAGCUAAGUGUAGCUGGAAUGGGAAAUUUGAUAGACGCAGCAUUUAUGUUAAUGGUCGUUAUCGUGCUAGGAUUACAGCACAGUUUUGUGAGUACACUGAUAACACCUUGCCAAUUGCUUACAUGACAAAUGACUACACAGCUUAUGUUGUGGAAGUGCUUUCUCUAUUUGAACUAGAGAAGUUGGGAUAUCCCGCCUUUUUUCGCUUGCUGAUUAACACACUUACAGAAUCAGAUCUAAGCACCAUGUCACAUUUUGAUUUGGCAUGCUUUUGGGAUAGAAUACAAAGCCACCUAGCUUUGAAGUUUUCGUCAGCCAGACAGGACUUCUAUGGUGGCAUCCAGAGGAUCCGCCGAAAUUCAUCAAGGAGGGUCAGGUGGGCCUUAAGAAAUCUGUUGAGGUCGGCACCAUUGGCUGAUGAUGAUGAUUGGAGGGCGUUGACCUAUGACGGAGGACAAGGACAUCCUCUUCUCAGAAAAGUUUUGAGGUAUAAAGGAAAGAAUCAUGAGCAGAAGGAUGAUGAGACUGAAGAGGACAAAAGGUUUGGGAAAUAUUUGAAUACUCUUGAUAGUGCUUCUGAAUAUGCGCGCAAUGUGAAUGAGCAUGCAGAGGAUGAUGAGGAUGUCAAGGAAGAUGCUGAUGAGGAGGUGGAACCAUUCUAUGAACCAGUCGAAUUACUUUCAGAAUUGGAUUUGCUGUACUCGCAUUUUCUUCAAGAGCAUCUCAGUGCGGUUCAUGAACUCCUAGUAACCUCUGUUUCUGAGGAGUUAUUUUUGUUGUUGGAAGAGCUGUUUGAAUUGUAUGAGAGACCGGAGGUUAUUACAAACCGAGUGUCAUGAUGGUUUUCCGCAUACGGAGUUCUGUAGCCUCCCUCCUUUGGGAUAUCGUCGCAACUACAAGUUGAACUGGAUGGAUGGGUCGAAUUGCGAGGUCUGAAGGUGUAACUCAAGCGCUCAAAGUAUAUUUGCAUUUGCAUCUUUCUUUCCUUUUUGUUUCUGUAUUUGGUUAUGAGCUCUUAGCGAUGUUAGGAAUUUAUAUAAAGGUUACAAACCAAGCUUGCCAAAUUUUGGAAUGUUUGAGAAGGCUGCAAAUCAAGUUUAUGUGUAAUUUGUUACAAACCAAGUUUGCGAAGUUCUGGAAUGUUUGAGAAGGCUGCAAAUCUUGUGGUACAAUCCCAGACUAAGAUGUAUUGCAGUCCCUUGAUUGUGUAAUCUGUAUUCAGUAGCCAUUCUGUCAUACUCCUCUGUUUAAUCUUCUGAUUGUGGGAUCGGAGUACAUUGUACUGCACAAUGUGUGUGCUGUACGGUAGCAAUUGUCCUCUCUUUACUUUUAUGAUC